CCGGCGGGGCGGCGCCCGGGGAUCGGAUCGGCGCGCGAGAGGGCAGCUGGCCUGGCACUUAGAGCUGGAGCUCCCAGCCAUGGCCCCACAUUGGGCUGUCUGGUUGCUGGCAGCGGGGCUGUGGGGCCUUGGCAUUGGGGCUGAAGUGUGGUGGAACCUUGUGCCCAGGAAGACGGUCUCUUCUGGGGAGCUGGCACCGGUGUUGCGACGGUUCUCCCAGACGGGCAUCCAGGAUUUCCUGACACUGACCCUGACUGAGCAGACGGGGCUCCUGUACGUGGGGGCCCGGGAGGCCCUGUUCGCCUUCAGUGUGGAGGCUCUAGAGCUGCAAGGAGUGAUCUCGUGGGAGGCCCCAGCUGAAAAGAAGGCAGAGUGCAUCCAGAAAGGGAAGAAUAACCAGACGGAGUGUUUUAACUUCAUCCGCUUCCUGCAGCCCUACAAUGCGUCCCACCUGUAUGUGUGUGGGACCUACGCUUUUCAACCCAAGUGCACCUACAUUGACAUACUCACCUUCUCUUUGGAACGUGGAGAGUUUGAGGAUGGAAAGGGAAAGUGUCCCUACGACCCCGCUAAGGGCCAUACUGGCCUCAUUGUGGAUGGUGAGCUAUAUUCAGCAACAUUCAGCAAUUUCCUGGGCACAGAGCCUGUUAUUCUCCGUAACAUGGGCCCACACUACUCUAUGAAGACAGAGUAUCUGGCCUUUUGGCUCAAUGAACCUCACUUUGUAGGCUCCGCCUACAUACCGGAGAGCCUGGGCAGCUUCACAGGGGACGACGAUAAGAUCUACUUCUUCUUCCGUGAGCGGGCGGUGGAGUACGACUGCUAUGCUGAGCAGGUGGUGGCUCGGGUAGCCCGAGUCUGCAAGGGAGAUGUGGGGGGUGCACGGACGCUGCAGCGCAAGUGGACCACGUUCCUGAAGGCUCGGCUGCUAUGCUCGGCUCCCAGCUGGCACCUGUACUUCAACCAGCUGCAGGCAGUACACACCUUGCCAGGCACCUCCUGGCAUAACACCACCUUCUUCGGGGUUUUUCAGGCGCGAUGGGGUGACGUGGAUGUGUCAGCGGUCUGUGAGUACCAGCUGGAAGAGAUCCAUCGGGUGUUUGAAGGCCCCUAUAAGGAAUACCGGGAGCAAGCACAGAAAUGGAGCCGCUAUACUGAUCCCGUCCCCAGCCCACGGCCCGGCUCAUGCAUCAGCAACUGGCACCGGCACCAUGGGUAUACCAGUUCCCUGGAGCUGCCUGACAACACGCUCAACUUCAUCAAGAAGCACCCACUGAUGGAGGACCAGGUGGUGCCUCGGUGGGGCCGCCCCCUGUUUAUCAAGAAGGACACCAACUUUACCCGCCUGGUGGUCGACCAGGUUAGAGGACUUGAUGGAGCCACCUACACAGUGCUGUUCAUUGGCACAGAAGACGGCUGGCUGCUCAAGGCCGUGAGCCAAGGACCUUGGGUCCACCUGGUUGAGGAGCUGCAGGUGUUUGAUGAAGAGCCUGUAGAAAGCCUGGUCCUGUCUCAGAGCAAGAAGCUGCUCUUUGCAGGCUCCCACUCACAGCUGGUUCAGCUGCCCUUGGCCGACUGUGGAAAGUACCGCUCCUGUGCCGACUGUGUCCUAGCCAGGGACCCCUACUGUGCUUGGAAUGCUAACACCAGCCGCUGCGUCGCCCCCGGGAGCCAUUCGGGAUCUCCACUGAUCCAGCAUAUGACAAUCUCAGACACCUCAGCCAUUUGCAGCCUUCGUGGCACUAUGAAAGUGAGACUCACUCCCAAAAACAUCACAGUGGUAGCGGGCACAGACCUGGUGCUGCCCUGCCGCCUCUCUUCUAAUCUGGCCCAUGCCCGCUGGACCUUUGGUGGCCGGGACCUGCCCUUGGAACAGGCCGACUCCUUCCUCUACGAUGCCCGACUCCAGGCGUUGGUGGUGAUGGCAGCUCAACCCCGCCAUGCUGGAGCCUACCACUGCUUUUCUGAGGAGCAAGGUGCACGGCUGGCUGCAGAAGGCUACCUUGUGGCCGUGGUGGCUGGCCCAUCGGUGACCCUGGAGGCCCGGGCUCCCCUGGAAAACCUAGGGCUAGUGUGGCUGGCUGUGGUGGCCCUGGGGGCCGUGUGCCUGGUGCUUCUGCUGCUUGUUCUGUCCCUGCGCCGGCGGCUUCGGGAAGAACUGGACAAAGGGGCCAAGGUGGCUGAGAGGACCCUGGUGUACCCUCUGGAACUGCCCAAGGAGCCCACGAGCCCUGCCUUUCGGCCUGGCCCUGAAACGGACGAGAAACUCUGGGAUCCUGUUGGCUACUACUACUCAGACGGCUCCCUGAAGAUUGUCCCUGGCCAUGCUCGCUGCCAGCCUGGGGCUGGGCCCCCUUCCCCACCUCCUGGCAUUCCAGGCCAGCCCUUGCCUUCUCCAACACGACUCCACCUGGGGGGUGGGCGGAACUCAAAUGCCAAUGGCUAUGUGCGCUUGCAGCUAGGAGGGGAAGACCGGGGAGGCCUCGGCCACACGAUGCCUGAACUCGCCGAUGAACUGAGGCGGAAGCUGCAGCAGCGCCAGCCGCUGCCCAACUCCAAUCCCGAGGAGUCCUCGGUAUGAGGCCGACCCCCCCACUGCGUUGGGGGGCCGUGGGAGGUGCAGCUCCUACUUUUGCACAGGCACCAGCUACCUCAGGGACAUGGCAUGGGCACCUACUCUGCUUGGGACAGACCCUGCCCAGCACCCACC